AUGGCGGCGGCGGCCACAGCCUCGGUCCGCUCGUCUUUCUCCCGCGAGACCCGCGUCCUCACCUGGGUCUCGCUCCGCGAGGCCUCGGACGAGCAGGCCGCUCACGAGCGCUUUGUCCACCGCGUCCGCAAGGCGCAGGCUGUCGCUGCCGACCGCGAUGCCGCUGCUCUACGCGCCACUCGCCGCCAGGCGCUUGCUAACGAGGAGGCCCGCGCUGCUCAGCGCGCCGCAGACGCCUCCGCCGCCGCAGAGCUCGAGCGUGAGCGGUACAAGCUUCGGGACGCCGUCUUUGCCGCCGAGCAAGCUGAGCGCGCAGAGCACGAGCUGCACGAGGCGAAGGAUGCCGCCCGGCUUGCGCUUGCCGAGAUGCGCGAUGCCGAGCGCCGCGCCAAAGCUGCCCGCGUUCGUGCUGCCGAGGACGCGCUCAAGGCCCGCGCCAAGGCUGAGGUCGAGGCCUCGGACGCCACCCACUCGGCCGCACUCGCUGCUGCACACGCCGAGCGCGACGCUGCACUCAGUCACGCCGAGCGCGCGUACUCUAAGCGCCGCGCCCGCGCCAUUCGCACCCGCCGCCGCUACGCCAAGCACCUUGCCCGCCGCGCCAAGCGGCUUGCCAAGCGCGACGCCGCCGAGCGCGAGCGUGCCGCUGCUGCCCGUGCCGCCAAGGUCGACAAGCUCGACGCCGCGCUCCGGGUCUCGCAGCAGCGACAUGCGGUGGCCCGCGAGCGUGUCGCCGCCGCCCGCGCUGCCAAACUCGCCCGCCACAAUGAGCUCAUGCUUGCCGAGGCCGAACGCGAAGCCCGCGCUCGUGCCGCCGAGGCCGAGGCCCGUGAACAGUCCGCCGCUGCCCGCGCUGAGUGGGAGGCGAAGCGAACCGCCAUUGUUGCCCGCCGUGACGCACACGCCGAGAAUAUCCGUGCCCGCCGCGCAAGCCGCUGCCGCGCCGCCGCCGACCGCAUCGCUGCCGCAGCUGCAGACCGCGCAGACCGCGACGCCAUGCUCGCCGAGCUCAAGGCCGACGAGUUCCGCUACCGCGAACGACGCAAGCAGCUACUGUGGGACAUGAAGGUCUCGCACAAGUACGCCGAGUACGAGGCCAAGCUCGCCGCCCUCGACUCGGAGUUUGCCCUCAAGUGGGCUGUCGACGACCACGACGCGAGCUACACGCCAGGCCGCAUCUCGCGCCCAACCACCGCGUCGUCGCAGCCCCCGCCGCACAUGCAGCCGCCGUCGCCGUCGCAGCCGCGGCCGGCUACCGCCUCGCCGCGCGCUCGCACCGCAUCUCCUGCCAAUCUUGCUGCCUCGAACAGCGCGAGGGCGUCGAAUCCCGACGUCCGCCGCUCCCGCCCGCGCGCGCGGCUGCCGCAGCGCGCACAGUCUAUGCGUUCACCGACCCAGCCGGCGGCGCAAGCCCCUCACCAGUCGCCGAAUGGCGGCUCAUCUGCCAACCUCGAUGUGCACAACAAUCGCACCCGAGUCAAGUGAGACCAGCGACCCGCCGCCGGCCUCGUCGCUCCC